GUAAGAAGCGGGGGCGUGUCUGCUUCGCUCUGACGUACAGGUGCAGACGCUCAGAGACGCAGACAGACGAGAUAGUUAGUCUUUGAAAACACAGCAGCAGUGCGGAGGAGUAAAAGCUCAACCAAAGUAUCGAUGUUUUUGUCGCAGUAUCGAUCGAUAUCAAUACUAGCGUUGGUAUCGAUAUUAUCGAUAUUAGGAUCGAUCCGUCCACACCUGCGGUUCAGUUAUUGGUCGUUUUUGUUUGCGGAGUUCAUCCUUUCAUCGCGACAAAAGCGAAAGUAACCAAACAUAAGUUCAGAACCGAAGAAACUACAAACUACUAGAAGAAGAGACUCUGGAGAGAGCAUCAGUAGAACACAUUUACACCCUUCAAGGGAGAAAGACAGGUUCCUUUUGUAGUACUCGCAUCUUCUUCCUGUGACCAAAAGUACAAAGUCUGUGUGGUAGAAAGUGUGAAUUCAUGAGUCAGUGUGAGGACAGAGAGGAGGGAGCCCUGCCCUCAAAAACCAGUCUGUGUGAAGACCAUGAGAGCCAGAACAAAGCUCAGAGGUUUCAUCAGAGACAAAAAUCUGCUGUACUUGGACGUGAACCUGAACCUGAACCCAGCUGCAUGUCCUUCCAGAGCGAUGAGUCAAAGGACAUUAUUGUUCAUUUUAAAGACCAACAUGCAUUAGAAUCAAAAGUGGACCAGCAGAGCUCAGAGGUUCCCAGUGCUCAGUCUGUCCAGCAGCACCAAACACACGUGGACUCCAUAUUUAUGCUGCUGGAGCAAAACAUUGUCACAUUUGUGAAGGAGGAGCUGAAGAAGAUCCAGAAGGGUCUGAGUCCAGAUUACCCAGAAUGCUUAGAGAGUCUAAGGGAGGAUGAGGAGGAGUUGGAUGGUGAGAAUGAAGAGCAGAGGAGGAGCAGCAAAGACGCGUUUCUGAAGAUCACAGUGAACUUCCUGAGGAGGAUGAAGCAGGAGGAGCUGGCUGACUGUCUGCAGAGCAGAUCUUCUGCUGCACUUUGUCAGGAUCAACUUAAAUCUCGCCUGAAGCAGAAGUUCCAGUGUGUGUUUGAAGGCAUCGCUAAAGCAGGAAAGCUAACCCUUCUGAACCAGAUCUACACAGAGCUCUACCUCACAGAGGGAGGGACAGGAGAGGUCAACGCUGAACAUGAGGUCAGACAGAUUGAAACAGCCUCCAGGAAACCAGACAGAGCAGAAACAAGCAUCAGACCAGAAGACGUCUUUAAAGGCUCAGCUGGAAGAGAUGGAGCCAUCAGAACAGUGAUGACAAAGGGAGUGGCUGGCAUUGGGAAAACAGUCCUAACACAGAAGUUCACUCUGGACUGGGCUGAAAACAAAGCCAACCAGGACAUACACUUCACAUUUCCAUUCACCUUCAGAGAGCUGAAUGUGCUGAAAGAGCAAAAGUUCAGCUUGGUGGAACUUGUUCAUUACUUCUUCAGUGAAACCAAAGCAGCAGGAAUCUGCAGGUUUGAACACUUCCAGGUUGUUUUCAUCUUGGACGGUCUGGAUGAGUGUCGACUUCCUCUGGACUUCAACAAGACUAAAACCCUGACUGAUGUCACAGAGUCCACCUCAGUGGAUGUGCUGCUGACAAACCUGAUCAGGGGGAACCUGCUUCCCUCUGCUCGCCUCUGGAUCACCACACGACCUGCAGCAGCCAAUCAGAUCCCUCCUGUGUGUGUUGACAUGGUGACGGAGGUCAGAGGGUUCACUGACCCACAGAAGGAGGAGUACUUCAGGAAGAGGUUCAGAGAUGAGCAGCAGGCCACAACAAUCAUCUCCCACAUCAAGACGUCACGAAGCCUCCACAUCAUGUGCCACAUCCCAGUCUUCUGCUGGAUCACUGCUACGGUUCUGGAGGAUCUGCUGGAAACCAGAGAGGGAAGAGAGCUGCCCAAGAACCUGACGGAGAUGUACAUCCACUUCCUGGUGGUUCAGACCAAAGUGAAGAACAUCAAGUAUGAUGGAGGAGCAGAGACAGAUUCACACUGGAAUAAGAAGAGCAGGAAGAUGAUUAAGUCUCUGGGAAAACUGGCUUUUGAGCAGCUGCAGAAAGGAAACCUGAUCUUCUAUGAGUCAGACCUGACAGAGUGUGGCAUCGAUGUCAGAGCAGCCUCAGUUUAUUCAGGAGUGUUCACACAGGUGUUUAAAGAGGAAAAAGGGCUGUAUAAGGACAAGGUGUUCUGCUUCGUCCAUCUGAGUGUUCAGGAGUUUCUGGCUGCUCUUCAUGUCCAUCUGACCUUCAUCAAGUCUGGAGUCAGUCUUUUGUCAGAACAACAAUCAGCACCACAGUUAUCUGUGAUUAAACAUAUGAUGAUGCAACCUUUUAUGAUGAAACAUGAACAUACACCGUUCUACCACGUUGCUGUGGACAAGGCUUUAGAGAGUCCAAAUGGACACCUCGACCUGGUCCUCCGCUUCCUCCUGGGAUUUUCUCUUGUGAAAAAUCAGACAUUCUUACAAGGUUUGAUGACACGAAUGAGAAGUAAUUUACAAACCAAUCAGGAAACAGUUCAGUACAUCAAGAAGAAAAUCACAGAGUUUCCUUCUGCAGAGAAAAGCAUCAACCUCUUCCACUGUCUGAAUGAGCUGAAUGAUUGUUCUCUAGUAGAGGAGAUCCAAGACUAUCUGAAAUCAGGAAGUCUCUCCACAGAUAAACUGUCUCCUGCCCAGUGGUCAGCUCUGGUUUUCAUCUUAUUGUCUUCAGCAAAUGAUCUUGAAGUAUUUGAGCUGAAUAAAUUCUUUGCUUCAGAAGAGGCUCUUCUGAUGUUGCUGCCUGUGGUCAAAGCUUCCAACACAGCUCUACUGAGUAGCUGUAACCUGUCAGAGAGAAGCUGUGAAGCUCUGUCCUCAGUUCUGAGCUCUCAGUCCUUGAGUCUGAGAGAACUGGACCUGAGUAACAACAACCUGCAGGAUUCAGGAGUGAAUGUUCUGUGUGCUGGACUGAAGCGUCCUCACUGUCGACUGGAGACUCUCAGGCUGAGUGUGUGUGACCUGUCAGAGAGAAGCUGUGAAGCUCUGUCCUCAGUUCUCAGCUCUCAGUCCUCUAGUCUGAGAGAACUGGACCUGAGUAACAACAACCUGCAGGAUUCAGGAGUGAAGGUUCUGUGUGCUGGACUGAAGAGUCCUCACUGUCGACUGGAGACUCUCAGGCUGUCAGGCUGUCUGCUCUCAGAGGAAGCUUGUGUCUCUCUGGCCUCAGCUCUGAGCUCCAACCCCUCCCAUCUGAGAGAGCUGGACCUGAGCUACAAUCAUCCAGGAGACUCAGGAGUGGAGCUGCUGUCUGCUGGAGUCAAGGAUCCACACUGGAGACUGGACACUCUCAGGGUGGAGCCUGGUGGAGUCCAAUGGUUGAGACCAGGUCUGAGCAAGUAUUUCUGUCAACUCACCAUCGACACAAACACAGUGAACAGGAGACUACGACUGUCUGACAACAACAGGAAGGUGACACAUGUGGAGGAGGAUCAGUCAUAUCCUGAUCAUCCAGACAGAUUUGACUGGUAUCAGCUGCUGUGUAGUAAUGGUUUGACUGGUCGCUGUUAUUGGGAGGUUGAGUGGAGAGGAGGAGUUGAAAUAUCAAUAAGUUACAGAGGAAUCAGAAGGAAAGGACACAGUAUGGACUGUGUGUUUGGAUUCAAUGAUCAGUCCUGGAGACUGUACUGCUCUAAAGGUGGUUAUGCUGUCAAACACAAUAACAUAGAAACAUCCAUCUCCUCCUCUUUGUCUGACAGAGUAUCAGUGUAUGUGGACUGUCCUGCUGGUUCUCUGUCCUUCUACAGAGUCUCCUCUGACAAACUGAUCCACCUUCACACCUUCAACACCACAUUCACUGAACCUCUUUAUCAUGGGUUUGGGUUUGGGUUUGGAUUUGGGUUUAUAUUCUCUUCUCAUGGUUCCUCAGUGUCUCUGUGUGAUGUGUCGUAGUGAGAGUUUGAUCCUGUCAGAGAAGCGUUGUCACUGUGGAACAUAGUUCAGUCUGUUCAUGUCUGUCUUGUUGUCAUGUCAGAUAGAUGUAAUAAAUGAAAACAAACUAUAGCUAUGGUGGCUGAGCUUGUUCUGUUCUAAGUGAGAGUAUGCGAUUUGAUUGGACCAGACAGACAUUCCUCCUGCCCAAAGGGACAAAAAGGCAGAAGCAACGUAAGGAUUGUGUGAUCUUUGCAUUACACCUCUGGUGUAUGUCCUGAUCUCCCCAGCUGGAUUUUGAUUUUCUUUUCCCAUUAUCUGUCAUUUUCCUCUGAUAUUAAAAUAAAUUGCA